GACCUGAGUCACCCAACGCUGCAGUGGCACGCAUCAUUGAAGGGGGUGACAGCACAGCUAUGGUCAGCCGCCAUCACCUACAACUGGGGAUACCCGAGACCCCUUGUAGCUGAAAAAGAUGGCCGACGCGCCCGACUGACUUCGGCAUUGGAAGCCGACAUGUUCAUACACUCACUGGGACUUUCAGCCCCUGCCACAGCGGCCAACUCCACCAGAACGGCACACCAGUGGGAUGUAGCUAAUGUGACAGUCUUCCAGCUAGCAGGAUCAUUGGCCCCAGGUUGA